CAGCAGGGGUGAUCCGUGUGUCUGGAUAUGAGGGGGCAGAUGUUAAUGUUUCUUGUUCCUAUAAGAAGCGAUUUCAAUCUUCCGAGAAGUACCUGUGCAAGUCAAACUGUGGCAAGAGUGAUGUUCUUAUCAUGACGACACAACCGAAAAACAAAAAAUACUCCAUCUACGAUGACACAAAGGCUCAAAUCUUCACUGUGACGAUCUUCAACUUGCAGAAAAGGGAUGCAGGGGAAUACUGGUGUGGCAUCUCCUUAUUUGGAAAUGACAUCUACGCUGAAGUCACAGUGGAUGUUGGGCAAGACAGCUGCUGUAACAGUGUGACCAAAAUAAAAAGCUAUAAAGAAGAUUCAGUGACCAUCAGUUGUCCUUACGAGUCUGAGUACCAGAACAGCCUGAAGUACAUCUGCAGAGGAACACGGCCCUCCACAUGUCUGCAGCAGGCACUGAUCACCUCUGACAACAAAGAAAAUGGACGAUUCAGACUUGAUGAUGACACAGUGUUAGGAAAAUUUACAGUGAGCAUUACCAGACUGACCAGAAGGGAUUCUGGUUUAUACCUUUGUGGUGUCCAAAGAAACAGUGGACGAGAUGUUUUCUCUGCUGUUGAGCUUCAAGUCAAAGCAAUUCACAUUCUGGUUUACUUUCUGCCCGCACCUCUGGUUAUAAUGCUGAUACCGACAGUGGCUUGGAUCAAGGUUUAUAAAUGCACCAAAGUGAGAGGUAAAACACACAUAUGCACACAAACACAUAUAUAGAUUUGUCCACA